AGACGGGCUCUGGACAUUCUCUGGUUGUGUAUCUUCAGCCUACGGCUCUCUGAUACGUCAUCACGUAAUCUGGAGUUCGAAGGUUGUUGAACAACAUGGCCGCCGCCAGAGGAGUAAUUCUGAAGGCUGUGAAGAAGAUAGCGGUGCAAUUUUGUCCAUUUGAAUCAAAUGCCCGAUCGACAAGAGAGUUUCUGGUGUUGGUGGGUUCGGAGAGGUCACGAGCGACCAACAUGAACUGUGAGGUCACGACGGAAGUGAAACACGACGCAUCAGAACCUUUGAUUGACGUCUCAUUCUUGGAUGGAGACCGGUUGGUGAUGCGUGGGGCGAAGCUCACCAGCCGAGAGAUGCUAACGGCUUUCCAGACACGCUGUACUGCCAAGGAUCCACAAGCUAAGCUGGGUGCCAAGAAGUAGCAGUUUGUAUUAAUGUUUCUGUAUAUAUUUGUUAUUUUGUCUGUAAUAAAUUGUUUUUCAUCUCCCUGAAA